AUGGCCGGAACCCUCGCCGGAAAAGUUGUUGCCGGCGCGUGGAGGAGCGUGGUGGCUUUUCUGACGGAUAAAAUUUCAGGGGUUGGUCGUCGGAGGAAAGCUCAGCUCUAUUUUUUUGUGUACUCCAGAUAUUUGCAUAGAUGGGAACUGGAUGCUGCUUUGGAUGUUCUCACUAUGUGCAGCUGCCACUUGCUUGGAAAUGAUCCUAUUAAAGAUAAUGUUGUUCAGAUGAGACAAGCUCUCCAGAGGUACAGCCAUAUAUUAAGUGCAGAUAACCGCUUCCACAGCUGGCUAGAGGUGGAGUCCGAGUGUAAAGAAGAUCCUGAGGGUCUUGCCCUUAGACUAGCUGAGAAGGGAGCUGUUUCUGCUGCUUUAGAAGUGGCUGAAAGUGAAGGGCUAUCUANGUCUAUCGAACUGCGCAGAGAGCUGCAGGGGCGUCAACUUGUGAAGCUUCUUACAGCAGAUCCUUUAAACGGUGGAGGCCCUGCAGAAGCUUCACGUUUUCUUUCUUCUUUACGUGACACUGCAGAUGCUUUACCUGUUGCAAUGAGUGCAAUGCAGCUUUUGCCCAACCUACGAUCAAAACAGCUUCUUGUUCACUUUUUCCUGAAAAGAAGGGAUAAUAAUUUAUCAGAGUCAGAAGUUUCCAGGCUCAACUCCUGGGCUUUAGGGUUACGUGUUCUGGCUGUUUUGCCAUUACCAUUGCAGCAAAAAUGCUCUCCCCUACACGAGCACCCUCAUUUGAUUCUAGAGGUUUUGCUGAUGAGAAAACAACUUCAAUCUGCAUCUCUGAUACUUAAGGAAUUCCCCUCCUUGAGAGACAACAAUAUGAUUCUUAUAUAUGCUGCCAAAGCUAUCGCUGUCAGCAUUAGUGCUCCUUCCAGGGAUCCGAGGAUUUCAAUUUCGACUCCAAGAGCAAGACAGAAGACAAAAAUGGGAACACCUACAAGGUCAUCAUUCACUAGUAGCCUUAGUAAUUUUCAAAAAGAGGCCCGCAGAGCAUUUUCUUGGGUCCAAACUGGAGAUAAAGGUGCAUCAAAGGAUACACAUAGGAAGAGAAAGAGCUCUGGUGUAAUGCAAUCUGAGAGAGUGGCGUGGGAGCCAACUACUGUCAUUCAGGAAGACCGUGUUACAUUAUUUGCUGCAGAUGGGCAAGAACGGCUGCCUGCUGUUGCUAUUGCUGAGAUGUGGAUGCUCACAGGUGACCCAAAGAAGGAUGAAGCUGUCCGUUCAUCGCAUCGAUAUGAAAGUACCCCGGAUAUUACUCUUUUCAAGGCACUGCUUUCAAUGUGUUCGGAUGAGAGUGCAUCUGCCAGAGGUGCUUUGGACUUGUGUGUUGGCCAGAUGAAAAGUGUAUUAAGCUCCCUACAGUUACCUGAGAAUGCAACAAUGGAAACUAUUGGCCGAGCAUAUCAUGCCACAGAAACUUUUGUUCAGGGCCUGCUUUUCACGAAAUCCCUCCUUAGAAAGCUUUCUGGGGGCACUGACUUGCCAAGUAGUUCAGAAAGAAGUAAGGAUGCUGAUGAUGCAUCUUCUGAUGCUGGAAGCUCUAGUGUGGGUAGUCAGUCUACUGAUGAGCUGUCUGGAGUACUGGCACAAGCUGAGACGUGGCUAGGACGUGCUGAAUUGCUGCAAAGUCUUUUGGGUUCCGGAAUAGCUGCCUCACUGGAUGAUAUUGCUGAUAAAGAGUCAUCUGAGCGACUUCGGAAUAGAUUAAUUCUAGAUGAAAGAUACAGCAUGGCUGUCUACACUUGCAAGAAGUGUAAGAUUGAUGUUUUUCCUGUGUGGAAUGCAUGGGGUCAUGCUCUGAUUAGGAUGGAGCGCUAUGCACAAGCUCGUGUGAAAUUUAAGCAAGCACUUCAAUUGUACAAGGGUGAUGCUGCAACUGUUAUAAUGGAGAUAAUUGGCACCAUUGAAGGAGGUCCACCGGUAGAUGUUUCAUCUGUUCGGUCCAUGUAUGAGCAUUUGGCUCGAAGUGCACCAGCCAUUUUAGAUGAUUCUCUCUCUGCUGAUUCCUAUCUCAAUGUCUUAUACAUGCCAUCCACUUUUCCUCGGUCAGAGAGAUCCAGGAGAUCUCAAGAAGCCUUAAAUGACAGUUCUUCCAACAAUACACACUUCGAAGAUGGACCCAAGAGCAACUUGGACAGUGUUAGAUAUCUUGAAUGCAUCAAUUAUUUUCAAGAAUAUGCUCGUCAACAUCUGCUUGAUUUCAUGUUUCGACAUGGGCACUACAAGGAUGCUUGCUUGUUAUUUUUCCCUCCCAAUUCUGUUCCUCCACCUCCACAACCAUCUUCAGGCGUUGUUACUUCAUCUUCUUCCCCUCAACGACAGGAUCCUUUGGCAACAGAUUAUGGGACCCUUGAUCUAUUGUGUGAUUUGUGCACUGCUUAUGGAGCCAUGCCUGUUUUGGAGGAAGUACUGUCAGGAAGAACUUCAAAUAUAACAUCGCAGGAUCCAUCAGUGAACAAACAUACAACUGCAGCACUUUCUCGCAUCUGUAAUUAUUGUGAAACUCACAAGCAUUUCAAUUAUUUAUACAAGUUUCAGGUGACAAAGAAGGAUCAUGUGGCAGCUGGGCUUUGUUGCAUACAAUUGUUUAUGAAUUCUUCUUCUCAGGAAGAAGCUAUAAGACACUUGGAGAAUGCCAAGAUGCAUUUUGAGGAAGGCUUGUCAGCGCGACAUAAAGCAGGAGAGUCUACUAAGCUUAUUACCAAGGGCAUCCGAGGAAAAAGUGCUUCUGAGAAACUAACCGAAGAAGGACUUGUCAAAUUUUCUGCUAGAGUUGCUAUUCAGAUAGAUGUUGUCAAAUGCUUUAAUGAUGCAGAAGGACCACAGUGGAAACAUUCACUUUUUGGGAAUCCAAAUGAUCCUGAAACUUUCAGGAGGAGGUGUGAAAUUGCAGAGACUCUUGCUGAGAGGAAUUUCGACUUGGCUUUCCAGGUGAUCCAUGGGUUCAACCUUCCAGCUGUUGACAUAUAUGCUGGUGUUGCUGCAUCACUUGCUGAGAGAAAGAGGGGAAGCCAACUCACGGAGUUCUUUAGGAACAUUAAAGGAACCAUUGAUGAUGAUGAUUGGGAUCAGGUUUUGGGAGCAGCCAUCAAUGUGUAUGCAAAUAAACACAAAGAGCGACCUGACCGCCUGAUUGACAUGUUGACUAGUAGCCACAGGAAAGUACUUGCUUGUGUUGUCUGCGGGCGUCUCAAAAGUGCAUUCCAAAUUGCAUCCAGAAGUGGAAGUGUGGCUGAUGUUCAGUAUGUUGCACAUCAGGCAUUACAUGCUAAUGCACUUCCAGUUCUUGAUAUGUGCAAACAAUGGCUCGCUCAGUACAUGUAGUCUGGGUUCUAGGAUGUGAAGUUGGUUUGAAGUGGUUGCGGCUUACUAUGCAGAAAUUUUGUUUUCUGCAGCAUAAUAUAAGGUCAUUGUCAAAGAUUUGCUGGUUGCUUUGUUUUAGAUUGGCAACGUAGCUUGCUCCAUGGCACAAUCACUUUAGAAGUGUGUGCCUGGUUUCACAUUUGGGAUGUAGUUUUGCUCAUCGUUGUGGUUUCAGAUUUCUCAUCCAUGUUACCCAGUGUGCAUGCAGUCAGUUAACGUUAUCACCAUUUUAACGAGUACGGCGAGGUGUAAUCCGUCCUUUGGCAGCAUGGCGCUGCCGCACGAGCAUCUCAAGUCCCUUUGAUCAAAGCAUGAAGCGAAAUUCGUAUAUAUAUUCUGAUGUCAAGGAUUGAACUACAUAUUUGAAGUUGCUCAAAGCUGGGAAGUUGCAGAAGUCUGGAUUUGUGGUUGAUUUUUCUUAUGUUCGAUUUUUUCAUCUGUAUAUAAAGAAACACAUAAAGAGUGGGCAUCCAUUUUUAUUAGGUUGGGGUCCAACUCCCUCAAACUCCUUAUUUUUUUAUUUGUUUGAGGAGGGGCCAAUGCCAUUGUGCUUUUUCAAUUAACUUUUUGGAACCAUAAUAUGUAUAUCCUUUAGAUUUGAAGAGAGCUUUGAAAAGGGGUUUCUUUUU